UUGGGCCUCCAGCAGUUUAUGCCAUCAUUUAUUUAUUUUUAUAACAGCAGCGCCAUCUCUUGGUAGGAUUAAGUAAAGCAAUGUGGGUUUUAGUGUAGUGUCCUCCAAAGCAGCACUAUUGUAUAGAGUGAGAUAUGAAGUACUGAGUAAGCUCUUUAUAUGUGUAAAAACAUAACAAAAAAAGAAGACACUAGGAAUAAUGAAGUCUUAAAGGCACUUUUCGUGGUUUAUCCAAAAUUAUAUGUUUUCAGUAUUUACACGGUUACAUUUUAAGACACCAAAGUAAAAAAAGUCUGUUACAAAAAAAUUAAAUGAUGUUAUAUAGAUUAAUAUUGAGUAAGCUCUUGAUAUGUGUGAAAACAGAAACAUUUAUAUGACAAUAUGAAUAAUAUUGUCUUAAAGGCAGUUUUUGUCCCUAGUUUUAAAUGUUAUCAUGACCUCAUUUUAUGUUGCAUGGUUCUUGUGUUGUCUGGGUUUCUCAUGACAUAAAAGUGGCCUUCAAUUCUGUUUUAACUGAGCUUUUUGUUUUUAUCUGUCUUUUUCCAUGUACUCUAUGACUAUAUGUCAAAACAUUUUGUAAAAUUCUGUUUUUAAGAGUGCUACACAAAUCAAGUUAUUAUUAUUAUUAUUAUUAUUAUUAUUAUCAUUAUUAUUAAUAUUAUUAGUUUAUCUAAAAUACAUUUUCAGUAUUUACACGGUUGAUCGUUACAUUUUAAGACACCGAAGUAAAACAGUCUGAUAUUAAAAAUUAAAUGAUGUUAAAAAGAUUUAUAUUGAGUAAGCUCUUGAUAUGUGUAAAAACAGAAAAAAUAUAUAUCCAACAAAAGGGAAAAGUAUAGUCUUAGAGUCAGUUUUUGUCACUAGUUUAUCUAAAAUUAUGUGUUUUCAGUAUUUACACAGUUAAUCGUUACAUUUUAAGACACCAAAGUAAAAAAAAGUCUGAUGCAAAAAAUUUAAAUGAUGUAAAACAAAUUAGAAAUAUAUAUAUAUAAAUAAAUUGAAAUUAAAUCGGUGUUAAUCAUACCUCCUUGGCAUUUUCCCCAUUAUUUGCAAGAUACCUAAAGUGCAUUAAGUAUCACAAAAGGUGUCUAUUUCACAAGCAAUCUAGUCACAAACAAAAAAUAAAAUAUGCCAGAUGUAAAAUUCUCUCAGUAGUGUAACGGGAAGAUAUUCUAUUACAAGUUUUUCUUAAAAAUUCGGGUCUCUUGUUCCUGAGAGGGAUUUAACGACAACUACAUCCAUUGAAAAUAAAGGAUUGGGGGUUAAAGAUUGUCUAUAUUUGCUGUUAUUUUUCAUUUUGCCUCUCGCAGUUUUACAAACGUUAAUAAUUAAAAAGGCUAAAAGAGACAAAUCAAAGUAAACGAGGUAGGACGGGCUAACGUUCGGAGACAACAGAUGUGCAUAUUUUAGUCACCAGCGUACACCGCCGUCUCUUCUUGUCUUACAGUGACCCUCCGUUUAACCACCCCGCUUCCCCGGACCAUGCUUUGACACAAAACAAGCACCUUUGUGGAGUACUGCGCCAUCACCAGCUCUGUUAGCCGUGAAAGCUAGCUCGCUGCUCAGGGGGGCGAAUCGUUUGUGAUCUAAAGGACGACCUAAGUAUCUAUUUGACAGAUUUUACCCAAAGCAAGACAUUUUACUCGUAAAGGUCGUGGUGAGUAUUUUGUUCCCAGACAUUUUUCAUUUUUCCUUCCUUUUUCUUUUCUUUUUGGAUUUUUUUCCACGAUGCUUUUUCCUGUUUUGCCCGUGGACAGAUCGUUAUGUGCUAGCUGAGCUAACCUCGGAGACGCUCGCUCAUCCCCCACAGAAACACGAACGCUGGUUGUGAUUUUUGGGUUUACGCGACGCUUUGGAUGCACUUUAGCGACGGUUUUAUCAUUUUUGCAAGUAUGUGUAGCCUUGGUUUUUGUAGCGUUUAUAGUGAACUCUUUUCCUUGACGGGACUGAAGUGUUUUUGGCACGCUGCUCAGUCAGCCCACCAUGCUAACUAACUAGCUUUAUGGUUUUGUAGUCUCGGCUUCAUCCUGAUCCUCAUUGAUUGAUGAAUAUCGACGACAAAUCUAGAAGGGGUUUUGCAGGUUUUGGUUUUUGCAAGCAGAAGAACUGGUCUAGUGCUGUGUAUUUUUCAUUUUUAACUGGUUGUUGGCCCAUCUUAUCCAAGCCAGCCGGCUUUGUGCCGCCGAUGCUAGCGCAGGCCUGUGUUUCACACUAAAGCCUCUUGGUGGCGCUGUCGGAGUCCAGGCGGUGUGUUGUGGAUGGUUUAGGUAAUUUUUGAUUUUCCGGCUCACUUUGUUUUUAAUUUUUAAUUUUUGAGGAGUAGAUUUUUCCCGUGUUUUUUUUUACCCCCUCCAUGAUGAAGAGUGAUUUUUGCUGAUUUUGGAGGUGCUGGACUGUCCAAAAAACCUCAGUUUUACACAUAAACAUCAAAUGAAUUAAACAUUGGUCCUCCUGAAUGAGAUUUAUGGCUGUUUGUAUGCUGACAUUAGCUGACAGGUUGCACUCAUUAAUCAUUCAUUUGAAACAGAAGCCAAUAAAUGUGUUUAAUUGAUGAGAAAAAAGGGAAAUAUAUCACCUUAUCAAUGUCACAAAUGGCCCUAUAGAUCCCUCUGUAAGCAGGUCUUAGUCCAGCUUUCAUUGCAUCAUUGGUUCUUGUCAUCUGCUUAAAUCAAUCUUCACUGUCCAUUUGCUUGUAUGUGGUGGGAAUAAACUUAUUUAUCUCGACAAGGAUAACAGUAAUAUUAAUGGUUCCUGUUUAAUAAACUGUGCCCUCCAUAAUUAGUUAUGUUAAUUUAUAAAAGUCCUUAAAAUGAAAUGCACACCCUAACAGUAGACAUGAGAGUUAAACUACAAGUGAAAGACUGCUGACUGAUGAAUAUUAUUAUAAAUUUGCUCUUUGGCCCCUGAUCCUGAUUAGUUUUUAUUUAUUAAAGGGAUAUUCCGGCGUGAAAUUAAUUUAGGGACAAACACAUCAUAACACCGAGUCAGACACCCCCUCAAAGGAUGAAUGUUGCUGACUGCUUGCCUGCUCAUUUCUUCAUGUAAAUGCAAUCAGACCAAGGCGCUAAGGCAGAAGAACUGCCGCGUCUGCAGUGCAAAAUGAUUAAUAUGGUGAUCAUUACUUCUAGGAAAUAAUAAAGUAAUUAUCAUAAAUGUUCUUCCUUGAGCUGCGUCACCCCGCUGUAGUCCGUAACGGACUGACCUGAGGUGAGUUGUGUUUAGUCUCUUUGCUAAAGAAAUCAGGCAAAGUUAAAAAGAUGUUUUGUGGCUAGGACCCUAUAUGUCCUGUUGAUGAAGUUAGGUGCUGUACUGAGCAUUAUUUGUGGCUGUAGAGUGGCGUUUUGGUUGAGGUUUGUUUAUGGCUCCUCAGACUGCUGUGUAUAUAAUGUUGGUAUAACUAGAGAAGCUUCUGGUCGGCAACAUUCAUCUCUCGAGGGGCAUGUCUAACUCUGUGUUACAGUGUGUUUGACCCUAAAUUAAUUUUACACCGGAAUAUCCCUUUUGAUAUUAAGAAUCUGCUGAUGAUGAGACCCAACCCCAUACUUAUAUUUGCAUAGAUAAUAGAGACACACACCCUUUUGAGUGUAGUGUAUUUUUGUUUUAAAAAGGUUCUCAGAGUAAACUAAUAAACUAAUCGACGCCUUCAGCUUAUUUGAUUUAACUUAGUCCUUUUAGUAUUAGUAUAAAACUCACAUAUUAGUCACCUGGCUUAGUGUAACUUCCCUUCAUGUUACUGAACCAUAAAUCCCUCUGGUCUGAGUUGUCUGUUAAUGAGCUUCUUUAGUGCAAACUCCUCUGAAAUAGUGUCAAACUGAAAAUAAGCACCAUGCUCUCUACCUCUAGACUUACACAUCCACCAGGGGUCAGGUUUCAGUCCCGCAGUGGCUAGCUGUAAUAGGUUUACCUUGUGUUUCUGUGUUUGCCUCGUCACUAACCCCUGUACACACCCCCCAACCAGGUAAGACUUGGUACAACAUAACCCUGCUCGGCUUGACUGAGGUGUGUUUUCUGUCACCUCAGUAUAAAUCGUGAGGGGCGAAGGUGAAGGUCGAGACACCAGCCCAAACUGACCCCAGCGCACAGUGUCAAACAUCAGAAAGACGACAGCCCUGCACACAGACGCUAUGGAGUGAGUGAUGAAUGUUUGACCCCCCUCUUGUCAGCCAGAGGAGAGGGGGUUACUGUUGAUGCCUCUGCUGUUUUCAUGUUUGCUGUAUCAGGGCUCAAAUCCCAAUCUCCAGAUCCCCACAAAGCUCUGGGCUUCACCGAAUAUCCUCAUCCUUCACAGAAGACAGUUACUGUUUUCCCUGGAGGAGGACCUAGUAUAACCACAAGUCUAGUGUUGAGAGUGACUUUAGAUGCUCUGCUUUAUGAUAAAAUGUUCUGAUAGUAGACUAACUAUCAAACUGUACUGCACUGCUUGGUGUUGUUCCUCCAAUGCUGUCCUCUACUGGUGCUUAACGGUGUACUGCAGCAAAAUGACACACUCUUAUGAAUCAGUGGAUUAGAUCUCCCUGCACGAUCAUGUUCACCUCACUCUUCCUUAACUUAAUACUAAUGAGAGCAACCAAACCAACAGACACCCUCAAAACCUUCAUCUGCUUCAUACUGCGGCACAUUGACGUCUAAUCCCAAACUUAAUUUUAAGUGGCAGGCCUCCCUCACAGCUCCAGAAAGUAAAACUUCCCACAAAUUCACAUUGAAAUGUAAUUUUACUCCACCUACAAUCUGCUAAAAGCUCCUUUUGAUGAAGUCUCAAGGCCCUCUAUGUGGAUUCUUGUCCGUCUCUGUCAUCCUGGCAGAAAUAAAGGAUGCUGAAGUGAAUUGAGUAUCUGAGAGGGGUUGAAAAAUGUGCUGAAACAUGUUGCAAAAAUCCUGUCAUUCUCCCCAAGUUUCUUAUCUACACAAAGCAUUAUUGAUUGUUAUUGAUCACAGACACUUGCUGCAGAAUCUGGUCUUCAUUCGCUGGGUUUGUGGAAGCAUGUGGUGCCUAAUGAGAUUAAACUAUUUCAUUUUUUUCCUCAUUCUGGAUUAUUCUAGAUCAGGGCUGCACAAUUCUGCUAAAAAGUUCAUGACGGUCAUUUUGAUCUGUAUUGAGAUCAUGCUUAUUAAUUUUGGGGACAUUUUUUCCCUGUUUUUGUUUUAAAAAUGUUUAUAUCCUGCCACUUGUCUCUUACCGGGGCUGGAUUUGGGCAAAAACUGCGCCUUAGCAUUUUUGUUCCACAUGGAUUUUGUCAAAUAUGACCUUAAAGCUUUACAUUUUCAGGUGUGGAGUAUUGUUACUGAGUGCUAUUAAAAAGACAGGAGUGCUUAGACUUAAGCUUUUAAUCUUAUCCCAAUCAAAUAAUAGUCUUAGAGGCCACUCAUUAAGUUAUGCAAUUGUUAACGCUGGUCAGCAUGAGUAAACGCUUGUUUUUGCUGCAGUUUUGCUCACAAGGUUCCUCUGCUUCACUGUCCCGCACGUCAAAUUCUCUCACUUAGUCUGCUUUGCUACAGAUGGUCUUCUGCUCUCAGGGCUGAUAACUACCAUCAGUCACAUUUCUGUGACCCUGGAAAGGCCAAAACCUUGAACAGGAUUAAAAUUUGAUGAAUUGUGCAGCCCUAUUUUAGACAGUGAGGGACUCGGGGGUCAUUAAUUAAGCGCAGUAAUCGUGUUGCAAGGAAAGGGCUUGAGGAUACGUUUGGAGCGAGGUCUGCUGAUGAUACAACAUGGAUAGACGCCCUCAUAUCUACUCAUGACCUCCUGCAGAUUUCUCUAAUGUUGUCAGCAUUUGUCUGUUUGAUGUUUCCUUUAAAUUUCCCAGGAAAAACCAGCUGCUAGUGUCUCCAGUUGUCCUGAUUUACAGCCCCCACAUCUGGGGGUGCAGUAAUAUUUCACCCAGCGAUAGCAGGAGCAGUCCAGAGAAAUGUCUGUCAUUCAUCCAGGCCCUAAAUCUCGCUCUUGUUUGUGUGUCUUUGUGUGUCUCCCCUGUCUCAGCCGUUCACCCACCACCUCCAGCCUCAUGGCCGCCAGCAACGUCACCAACAAAACCGACCCACGCUCCCUCAACUCCCGGGUCUUCAUCGGCAACCUGAACACCCUGCUGGUCACCAAAGCUGACGUGGAGGCCAUCUUCUCCAAAUAUGGCAAGAUCGUCGGCUGCUCGGUGCACAAGGGCUACGCCUUCGUUCAGUACGCCAAUGAGAGGAACGCCCGAGCUGCGGUGACCGGGGAGGACGGGAGGAUGAUUGUUGGACAAGUGCUUGGUAAGGAUUUUCACUUCAGUCGGUGUUGCUCAUUCUUAACCAUCGUAUAUCUUAAAACUGUAUCUUCUAUAAUCUUUAAACCAGUUUAAUCUGGAAUAGGCAGGAAUAGUACCCUGUGACGUAGGGUAUAAUUUUCUACUUUACACAAAGAUGUACUUUGAAUAUCAAUGUAGGGACUUUUGAAAGAACUAGUCGCUGCUUUAAGAGCUGUGACGAACUGGAACUUUGUGAACUUUGCAUAAUACACAGACCAUAACUUCCUGGAAGAGUCUGUGUGAUCCUCCAUAUGAGAAGGCACUUCAUUGACUGGAUGCGCAGAGAACUAAGACAUGGAAUAAAACACGCUUCACAAGAUGGUGCCACAGGCUGAUUGCUCUCCAGUUAUCUCUAGUCCUUUAAAAAGGGUAAAUUUGACCUGAAGUGUGGAAAAUGUAUCCAAAAACAAAAACUUAAUUGAGUGUUUUGGUUUUUUUUCUUCCCCUCAGACAUUAACCUGGCAGGAGAACCCAAACCCCACCGAUCAAAAACCACCAAACGCUCAGCUGGAGACAUGUACAGGUCAGUAGAGAAGUCCUUUUAGAAAUGAUAAACGCCGUCACCUUCAGGUUUCCUUCCACUGACUGUUCUUAUUUUUCCUCCCAAACAGCAGUUCCUCAUUUGAGCUGGACUACGACUUUCAGAGAGAUUAUUACGACAGGUGAGUGACGUGAAAGUCUUUUCUGUGCCUGAUCAGUCAGGAUGACCUUUAUUUCAUUAAAACUUUAAACUGUAAAUGUUUUCUACUUCUCCGUGUUUGAUACCAGAAUGUACUCAUACCCGUCCCGUGUUCCUGCUCCCCCUCCACCCUUGUCCCGGGCCGUGAUUCCGUCCAAACGCCCGAGGGUGAGUUUGAGUGGAGGAAGCAGCCGAAGAACCAAAAGCAGCUUCUCUUCUUCCUCCAAGAGCAGCCAGAGGACUUCCUCAUCCAGAGCAAGUAAGCAUCUCUACAGCUUUUAUCAUCACCUGAGUUUUCCUGAUUUUCCUUUCCUCGUGUCUUGAUGAAUUUGGGUUCUUAUAAAAUCUUGAAAUAUAAUCUAUUCUGAAUUUAUCCUGGAGGUUUCAGCAGGAAUCAGUCCUUCCAUAGUGGCCUAUGAAGAAGUCUUCCUAACUACCUCCUCUUCCCUUUCUCUGCAGUGAAAGUGGACGAGCUGCAGACCAUCAAGCGAGAGUUGACCCAAAUCAAAAGCAAAGUGGACGACCUCCUGGAGAGCCUGGAGCGCAUGGAGAAGGACCACAGCAAGAAGUCAGGUAGGAGCUGGAGACACGGUAUGUUUUCAUUUUUUACCGCACAACUGAUUGUUUAGUUUAUCUGACAUUUGUAAAUGUCUUUUAAACGUCUCGUAAAAGAGCAGAUAAUCAUGCACCUCCCUGUUUGGCAGAAGUUAAGAGCACAAAAACCGAACCAGGAGAGGUGACUUCUCCUCCACACCCGAGCAACAAGAAGGAUGAGCUCAAAAGAGAGCGGGAGAGCCAGGAGAUGAACGACUCCGAUGAUGAUGACGAGGAGGAGGAAGAUGAAGGAGACCUGCUGGACGAGGAAGAGGUACGACGAAAGUUUAGGACUAAAACAGCUGGAGUACCCGACUCUCACUCCUGAUCAGUUUUGUUCAUACAAAACGUGCGUUUUCUUACUGCAGGUGAAGAGUCAGGAGAGAGACGACGAAGAGGAGGAUGAGGAGGAAGAAGGAGAACACGUGGAAGGUGACGACGACGGCGACAGCGUCAACGGUGAGGAAGACUCAUAGGAAGGAAAGCCCACAGCGACGCAUGCAGCGUUCACACAGCUUCCAGUAGGAACUUGGACUCCUGUUUUAACACUCAUGUUGUAGAUAAAGAAGAGAAAACACACACACAGAAGCAUGGUGCACACACACUCUGUUGUCCCAUCGUCCCUGAGGCAGAUCAUUAUCACUUUUUCUUUGUUACUUUGGCCAGUUGUCCAGUAUCGCUGUAAGAGGAAGAACUAGCUGUAGGUUUGUGUUUUUAUGCGUGGUGACUGGUCUUCAGGAUGAAGAAGAAAACAUGGACCGUGAAUGUCCUCAGAGACGACAGCUCGACGGACAUGUCUUAACGCGAGGAGGACGAACAUUCAAGUACAAAGGACCGUUUUUAGACUCAGUGUGUUUUUUUUCCUCAUUGCAGUGAGUUUGUUUGACUUUGUGCGUCUGUAUGUCAAUGUCAGUUUUUUAUACUGUUUGGUUUCAGUUUAACUGUAAAGGAAUAAAUUGCAAUAAAAUAUUAAAAUGGACGUUGA